AUGUCGAACCCGCAUCCGCACAACUGCACUAGCUGCAUGCCGCUUGAGACACAUCUGUUUCGCCGAGCGUGUCUCAAGCUAUCUCCAAUGCAAAGAGCUGACUAUUUCUUCUUUUUAUACUCGGAAGACAUUACUCCUAUGAAACUGAUGGCGAAGAUCUACCAAAUUAUCCAGAUCCUCCAGACCCUCAGCACUCUGAUAUCGGAAGUCCAGGCCCUCUGUGUUCAAGGUCUUCUUCGCUACAUAUUCAGCAUUCUGUUCUACUUUACGCCGCAGCUGAACCCGUUCCACUUAUUGGAUGCGUACAGGGCCGCCACCAAGGACGAGACCUUUGUCUUUACUUCGGCGAAGCCACAAGAUGGGCAGACACCCGGUAACGGCGGCCAGUCACCCCCACAGGAAGGCUCCGACAAUGGCAGCGAUUCGCCCAAAAAAGACGCAACAGAACCUCCAGCUCCCUGCGGAUGCACAGCAUGA